UAAAGAUUUAUUGUGGACUUUCAACUUGGCUUACUUGUCUUUAGGAACCUCUCACGUUGAUAGCGGCCCCUACAUUGAGCUCCAAUAAUGUCCAGCCAGCAAUCGAAGAAAUCAUGUGGCAGUGAAAAGACUGACAACCACCACCGUCACCGAGAAUCAUGCAAGGCCAGCGACCAGAUGCACAACUCCUCAACCGAUGUUCUGCCUCCCAAAGCGACCACCACAUCAUCAGGAGAAAGAAGCGGCGUCACCACGUGCGAUCCUGGUAAUGCCUUGAAGGCCGAUGCCACUCAAAUGGUGGCAGACGACUGUCCGGAGGUUGGAACAGCGUCAGCCGGUGUUCCGCACCUCGAAAACCGUGCCGGAAACGUAGUGGGAUUGUGGUCCACCGACGUCCACCUUGCCAAGCCGCAUUCGUCCGCGGAAACUGACUUCCCGCGUCUCGAGCCGACGCCUUCGCAGCCUCCACCGACGACUACAGCGGACGCUGCCUCUGCGUCACACAGAGUGAGUAACGGGAACGCCGCUGGAGGACAACUGAACGCCGAGGCCAUUGGAGACCAGGGUUCGCAAUCGACAGAUGCCCGGUCACGUCAGCGCUUGAUCUUGAGGCGAGCAGUCACGACUACCCCCGUUCAAGAGACGGUUUCACCGUGGAAAAAAGGUUGCCACCAGGGGAACUCCACGAACAGCCAGGAGGCAGGCGGCUCGCUCUCCGCACAGCGCCAUGCCUCCGUUAAGCACGUGGUCUCCUGACACGCACAGCAUGGUCACCGCCGAGGGCGCGUACGCGUCUCCGGACGUAUUCGGCAGUGUGAUGACAUCCAGUGUGAAUCCCUGUCUUGGACGGGCCCUUAGGCAAGUCCCCCGAUCCACUUCUAGCACCAAGCACAGCCACAGGUCAACAGGAGGAGACGCAAGAGGGCAACUCUGAAGGAGGCACGGUGACCGAGGGCUCGUCGACUCAACGAACACGUUCCAUGACGACCGCUUCGACUAUAGGGGUGUCGCGGACGGGACUUCAAGACACCGUGACGGGUCUCAAUACGGCUCAACCAAUCAUGCAGACUGCGAACACCCCAUGGCGCCAACGGUCCAAGGCAUAUUUAGCUGUGUCGCCGGAGCUGGAAGAAUCCUUAUACGAGAGGAUGGCUACCAUCGUAAGCUGUC